GGAGGGAAAAGGCAUAUAUAAUAAACAUCAUUCGAAUUCGUUUUUUUCUUCUUCACAAAACAUAAGUAGAAUUCUAUAAACCUAAAACUUUCAUCCAAAAUGUACUAUAAGAUCAUCCGUGAAUGAAAAAAAAAAAAAAAAAGCGUACACUCACUCAUAUGCACACACGAACCAAUGCAUCGGUAAGAUUCGCAUAAACAUACAAAAAAUAGGAGUAAAUAAACCAAAUAAAAACUAAAGUGAGGAGACAAAUAUUCUAACACAAAAAAUAGAAAAUAAAAAUAGCGUCACACCUACUCUUUCUUCUACCUUUAGUAUCUAUCUCCUGUCUUCAUACUCCUUUACACUCCUCUCCUUCUUCUUUACACCUCUCCAAUGGUAAAAUCUCUCAUUCACUAACUUUCUCUGCUUCUCUCUAUCUUUCUCUGUGCAUACCAACUCUAAAGUCUCUCAUCAAUGGCGGCUCGAAAACUAGGGUCGUUGUUACGUCAAUACUUUUUCUCUCUAUGCUUCCUCUUCCUCGGUUGCUUCUUCUUCCCUAAAGACGCAGACUAUAAACAAAAGAGAAGAAAGAAGAAGCUUAGAAGAGUUUCUUCUUCUUCUGGUUCAUCUCUAUCCUCUUCUUGGACGUAUUUAAAACGAGUUUUCUUAUCCACGACAAGGAUAUCCAAAUCCCGUAACCAAACACAUCCUAACGUUACUUUAACAUCCGCAAGAUCAUCUCAAAACUCCCUCGUCACUCUCGUCCAACCCGAUACCACAAACCAACCCGACCCGGAAACACGUAUUCAUCAGCAAACCGAAUUCGAGAUCUCCUCUUCCGACGAGAUUUUCCCUUGUAACUCGUGUGGCGAGAUUUUCCCAAAAAUCAAUCUCCUCGAGAAUCACAUCGCGAUCAAACACGCCGUGUCGGAGCUAAUCGCCGGAGAAUCAAGCACGAACAUCGUCAAGAUCAUAUUCAAAUCUGGUUGGCCGGAGCAAGGUAAUUACAAAUCUCCGGUGAUCAAUCGAAUCUUAAAAAUCCACAACAGUUCAAAGAUUCUCACCAGAUUCGAAGAGUAUCGUGAGUUCGUGAAAGCUAAAGCCGCUCGUAGCAACGGCGGUGGAAGACGGUGGGACGAUGAACGUUGCGUCGCCGACGGAAACGAACUUUUACGAUUUUACUGCUCGACGUUUAUGUGUGAUUUAGGGCAAAACGGUAAAUCAAAUCUCUGUGGUCAUCAGUAUUGUAGUAUCUGUGGUAUCAUCGGAUCUGGAUUCUCGCCGAAGCUCGACGGGAUCGCGACGUUGGCGACGGGGUGGAGAGGACACGUGGCGGUUCCGGAGGAGGUUGAAGAAGAGUUUGGGUUUAUGAAUGUGAAACGGGCCAUGUUGGUUUGUCGGGUUGUAGCGGGUCGGGUCGGGUGUGAUUUGAUUGAUGAUGAUGACGUGGAUAAGAGUGAUGGUGGAGGGUAUGAUUCUCUGGUUGGGCAGAGUGGGAACAAGAGUGGGGCUCUGUUGAGGAUCGACGAUGAUGAGCUUUUGGUUUUUAAUCCAAGGGCUGUGCUUCCUUGUUUUGUUAUUGUGUAUACUGUGUAACCGGAUUUGUGAUCCUGUGUGUUUUUGUUUAUAUUUUGUUACAAUUGUGAAGUGUGAAACGCUUUAGGUUUGUUUGGAAAAUGGUAAAAUCUUUGUGGUGAGUAAUGAUCUAGGUACAGUUUGAGAGGUUAUGUGACUAAAGAGUUAAAGAUAGUCCAGCCGAAACAUUUAGUUUAAUAGUUUAUGUUAUUGUUGAUUUCGUCGAUAUAUGUUGAUUAAAAAGCAUUUAGUCUAAUAGUUUCUGUUAUAGUCGAUUUUGUUGAAUGCGAU